UCGUUAUUCCCUAAGGUUCUGUCUGAGACUCUCUGUUCGGCGCUUAAUUAUCAUCCAUGUAUUCCAAAACUUAUGUCGCUGGUGCCGGCCUCAUCAGCCCUCAGCCUCAUGUAUCCACCUGCCCACCCAACCUCUCCACUUGGAUAUCUCAGGGCAUCCGUUCAAACCAGCAUGCCUCCAUCUGCAUCACCCCCUUCAGUUGCUUUGUCUCAGGGAUUAGUGCCAACACCCUGCAGUUACCAAGCUGGAAUACUUCUUCAAAAAGUUUCCUGACAAUUGCCAGGCCAGGAAUGAUCACCAAGACCCACAAAGGAGACCGGGGCCUUUGGCUUCCAGAGAAAAACAAGAAGAAGAAGGUGGUGGUUAAAGAACCAGAGGCUCAGUACUUGGUUUUGAACAGUAACAGCUAUAACACUGAGGUCUGUCCCACCACAGCCGUGUCACCCACGAAGAGUGGCAUCCAGGGCCAGGCCAAGACCCCUCUGGUGAAGAAAAAGAAGAAGAAGAAGAAAAAGAAGGAGUACAGCACUGUCUGUGAGGAGCUCCGAGAACCUGAGACCACGUUCUGUGCCAGGCAGACAGAGACGUCUCCCAGCCCCAGGACACAGGCUCUCAUUCCACCCAAGUUCCUCAAUGGGGAGAAGAAAAAGAAGAGGAAGUCCUCAUGGCCUCUGGCUCUGUCUCCUGGUGUGAGGGUGAAGACCUCCCUGGACCCCAGACAGGUCGAGGAAGUGACCAGCGUUGGCAGAAAGCUCAAAAAACACAAGAAGGAGAGAAAGGCCCAGGAGGUGGCAGCCUUCUCGGCCAGGGACGCCCUGCAUGCAUGCUCAGUGGGAAAGAAUGACCAGCAACGGGCAGCCUUGGGGCAGAAGAGGAAGCAGGGAGGCCCCAGGGAACACAACGUGAACAAGAAGAAGAAAACGAAAACCCACCAGGAGGAAGACACUUCCCUUGGCCACCCCAAGCCUUACAGGUCCAUGGAGAGCAGUCCUAGGAAAAGAUGUGCAAAGAAGCCAGUCAGAGUUGAGGCUUCAGAGUACAUCGUGGUAGGAGACAGCCUCAAGGCCCCUGCGAAGAAGAAAAUGAAGCCCACUAAAAGGGCUGAGGAGCCAGGCACUGAGGAGCCAGCUCUGAAGAGGAAGAAAAAGAAGAGGAAGGAGAGCAAAGUAGCAGAACUUUGGAAGGAGGAGCCUGACACAGACUUAGAGGUGGUGCUGGAGAAGAAAGGCAACAUGGACGAGGCACACAUAGACCAGGUGAGGCGAAAAGCCUUGCAGGAAGAAAUUGAUCGUGAGUCAGGCAAAACGGAAGCCUCUGGAACCCAGACGUGGACAGGCACUCAGUUUGGCCAGUGGGAUACUGCUGGUUUUGAAAACGAGGAACAGAAGCUGAAAUUUCUCAAACUUAUGGGCGGCUUUAAAAAUCUGUCACCUUCAUUUGGCUGCACCCCUGACACGACCAGGAGGCCUAACAUGGCGCUGGACAGGAUGGCGGCCAGCAGCCUGCAGCAGAGCCUGCAGCAGGACUACACGCGGGCCCUGAGCCGGAAGCAUGGUGGGCGCACGGGCCUUGGCCUCGCCACCCCAAACAAAGUCUUCUAUAUCGACAGGAACGCUUCCAAGUCCAUCAAGUUUGAAGAUUAAACUCUACUGUCUUGUCUCCUGAGUCAAAAUUGCUUUUGUUACUCAGUUACGCAGAUGAGAGCCUCUGACCAGCUCCUGCGAAGGUUAAGGAAGACUCUGGAUGUGCUGGACAGCCUGGGUGGGGGCAGCACAUGGUUCAGGAGCUGAGAAAACAUGCGAGUGGCCAAAAUCCACUAUUUUCUGUGCUAAGCCCUCCGUCCCUGAUUGAAGACACCACUGUGUAUAAAUAACAGCUGUUUGUUGAAGACUUAGAUGUGCCAGGCACAUACUAGUAUGUCUUACUUGCAUUGAUGUAUUUAAUUUUAACUAUGCAACAGGUGCUGUUUUUAUCCCCAUCUUAUAGAUGAGGAAACUGAGGUUCAGGGAUGAAGUAAUAUUGUCCAGGGUUACCCAGCCACUAAGUGCCAAGUGUAGUUUUGUACCUCAAGCCCUACAUUCACUGCUCUGGAUGUCCCCCUCUGGGAAUUUCUCCCAGAAUACUCACUGGGGAUAAAAAGACCCGAUCAAAGGAACAGAAGUCUAUUACAUGUCUAAAUCUCAGACAGGAAGUGGAGUUAGUGAUAAGUAGAAUAACAAGCUCACUUUCCUUUCCUGUCUCAGAGUAGCUGUAGGCAAUUAAGUAUCUGAAUUGCCACCAAGCAGGUGUGGCUCAUGCGCUGUGGGGACCAUGUCCCAGCCUGAACUCCAUAGCCAGUCUCAGAGCCCUAGGUACAGAGACCCAAGUGAUGUGACAUUUUCACAUCAUUUGGCUGCAUGCCUCCUGCACACACCAUUCAGGCAGGCCUACAUGGCCAGGAGAGUCCUUCUCUGAUGGCAGGAAGUCCUGAAAGAGGGGUGGACCCAGCAUCUCACCAGAGAACCGUUCUUUCCUCCCUGCUCCAUCAGUGGCUCCUCAGAUCAGUGGAGGGAUGGCCAUAGCAAUUCCAGGCAGCUCAUCAAGAAACUAGAACAUUCCAGAGGAAGAUGGAAACCUUGUGGCCCCUGACAUGGAGGAAGGUGCUCCUCAGGCUAGCCAGCCAAGAGCAUUGAGGACGGAUGCUGGCGGGAGGAGCAGGGGCAGAGGUAAGGCAGGCCUGCCAGGGCUCUGGUGAGCAAGCAUUGGCCAGGUCAGGAGCCCUACAACUCUGCCCUGGCCAGUGUCGCUAAGUGGUUAGAGCAUCGGCCUGUGCAUUGAAAGGUCACGGGUUUGAUUUCAGGUCAAGGCCAGGUACUUGGAUUUUAGGUUCCAUCCCUGGCCCGGUUUGGGAGCAUGCAGAAGGCAACCAAUCUAUGUGUCUCCCCUACUCCCCUCCCCUCCCUCUCUGUCCCUUCCACUCUCUAAAAAAAUAUCAAUGAAAAAUAUAUUCUUGGGUGUAGAAAUCAGCUUUGCUGGGCCAGGCCACAUGACAGUAGCUCUGGUGUAUGUAUGAUCCACCUACUCAGGUUUCGGAAUUAAUUCUGUUUGAAGUGUACAGCCUCAACGUAGAAGUAACUUUUUUAGGCACAUAAUUUGUGAUUUUGUGAAUUUUUUCAUUUAAAUAGUAUCGUAGUAAAAGUGGUAUUGGAAAUAAUUUUGCAAAAUAAAGGCCACCUGGGGGUGUUUGGGCGAUGCAA